UACACUUGCACUUUGCUCCUCUAAACAUUAUAUUUGGGUAUUUUCUUUUGCCUGUAAGACACUUUUGAGACAAAAAAAGUAGAGAAGCAGGAACAGAAGCCAAAUAUUGGGUGAAAUCAAAAUGAAGACAAGACUUCUUUUUCUGGUAUGUGCCUCACUCUUUGCCCCCCUGAGCAAAGGUCAGAAGGAAAAUCCCACUAUCAUGGACCUGUCUACAAAAAACACAGAUUUUGCUAUGAACCUUUACAGGAAGCUUGCCAGCCAUCAUGAUGACAACAUCUUCUUCUCCCCUUUGUGCAUGUCAGUAGCAUUCACCAUGCUAUCGAUGGCUGCAAAAGGGGAUACUUACAAUCAGAUCCUUAAGGGUCUCAACCUCCAACUGCUUCAACGAGCGGACCAGGCAGACCUGAUCCCUGAACUGUUCCGACAACUGGAAGCCAAUAUCACCCAAAACCAAGACUUGAUACUGGCCCGGGGCAGUGCUAUGUUUGUUCAUCAGCAGUUUGAAAUUGAUAAGAUUUUCAGUGAGCAAAUCAAGAAGUUCUUCAACUCAGAUAUAAUGAACAUAGAUUUCUCCAAGACCGAAGCUAGCAAAACAACCAUUAAUGAUUAUGUAAAAAUGAAGACGAAUGAAAAGGUCAUGGGGCUCAUCAGUCAGAUAGAUCCUCUUACUCAGUUGGUGCUUGUAAAUACCAUUCUUUUCCAAGGCAAAUGGGAGCUACCAUUUAACUCCAGCUUUACAGAGGAAGCACGAUUUUAUGUUGACAAAUACAAUAUUGUCAAGGUCCCCAUGAUGUUCCGAGAAGAUAAAUAUUACUUGGCCUACGAUCCUGUGCUGAAGCUCGGCAUUCUAAAGUUGCCAUACAGAGGCCAUGCUGCAAUGCUGGUCCUUCUUCCUGACAAGGGUGUUGACUAUACAUCCAUCGAUGAUGAAAUCUCUGCAGAGAGCUUUCUGGGAUGGAUACAGAAACUGAAGAAAACAAAACUAGAAGUACAGCUGCCUCGGUUCAAGAUGGAGCAGUCCUACAACAUGGACAAAAUUCUUCCAGAUCUGGGCAUUCGAAACGUGUUUGAAAAUACGGCUGACCUUUCAGGCCUAAGCAAGGAAGUGGGACUCAAAGUUUCUGAGGUCCUUCACAAGGCAGUGAUAGAAGUGGACGAGAAGGGCACUGAAGCAGCUGGUGCAACAGCUACAGGAAUAACAGGAUACUCAAUGCCACCAAGGCUGAUAGUGGACCGUCCCUUCCUCUUCCUCAUUUACCAUGAGAAAACAAACAGCAUACUGUUCAUGGGAAGGGUGAUAGACCCCACUAAAAAUUAAUUGCAAAGCUCUUCAUAACAACUAAUAAAGCUUCAUUUUGAAGCAUUGUUUGUUCUGCUAAACUUGUUUGUUCAUUUUAGUCAUUUGUCAAACUUAAAUAAACAUGACUUUAUUUACAAUCCCUUACAUUUCAAGAAUAAUUGUGCAAAGAACGUAACAAGUAAAUUCGAUAAAUUUGAAAUAAACUCUGAUUAUGGAA